CACGGAUAGGCGGCACUGAUAUGCAGCACUGAUAGGCGGCACUGAUAGGUGACACUGAUGGGCACUGACUGGCAUCACUGCUGGGCACUGACUGGCGACACUGACUGGCAGCACUGCUGGGCUGCACUGGUGGGUGGCACUGGUGGGCAGCACUGGUGGGUGGGCACAGGUGGGUGGCACUGGUGGGCACAGGUGGGCGGAACUUGCGGGUGGCACUGCUGGGCACCGAUCAUCAGGGCACUGAUCAUCAGUGCCUUGAUGAUCAGUGCCGAUCCCCGCUCUGACAACUGCCGGUUCUCGGCAGUACUUUCCUCACGAUCUGACAGCGUGAGGAAAGUGCAGCCGAGAACCGGCACUUGC